CAUCAAGCCGAUCCACGCUCCUGGCUGAGAUCCGCUGGUGCCCGAAGCCUGUCUGGGAGCUCCUAGCAUUUCUUUUGCCCCUCAUUUCCAGCUCUUUGAGACCUGAGCUGUAGGCUCUUUCUGCGGUCCUGAAGAACGGAAGUGGAGACUCUUUGAUCUUUGAUUUUUGACAGUGACGAUCUGGAUGGCUUCCACACGGAUCCGAGAGGCCAGGGAGAGAGAUUGUGCAGACAUUCUGAGGAUGAUACGGGAACUGGCCAAGUACGAGCAACUGUCCCAUCAGGUGAAGAUUAGUGAAGAAGUCCUGAGAGCAGAUGGCUUUGGAGAGAACCCUUUCUUUCACUGUUUGGUGGCAGAGGUUGUUCCAGAGUCUGGGGAGCUCCAAGGGCCCCGUGUGGUGGGCUACGGGCUAUACUACUUCAGCUACAGCACAUGGAAGGGACGAAACAUUUAUCUGGAAGACAUCUAUGUGAUGCCGCAAUAUCGGGGUCAAGGGAUUGGUACCAAAAUAAUCAAAAAGGUGGCUGAGGUUGCCCUGCAGAAGGGGUGCUCCCAGUUCCGCCUGGCAGUUCUGGACUGGAACAAGAAGGCCAUGGACUUGUACAAGUCUCUGGGAGCUCAAGAUCUGACUGAAGCAGAAGGCUGGCGCUCCUUUCGAUUUGAAGAAGAGGCAAUGAAGGAGAUGGCAGGAUGCUGACGUCAGCCCCAGGGGAGUUCUCUCUACUGCCCACUCGUUGGGAUCACCGUAUCAGGUUUCCCUAAGACUGUAUUCACAGACAGGGACCCAGACAGACACUACCCCAAAGGCCUCCUGAGGCGUAGAAAGAGUGGAAGCAAGGGACCAGUCUUGUUGAGAAUGACAAAUAAAAUACGUGGCUUCCCUGG